AUGUCCAAAUCACGCCGGAACGUCCGGUUUCCCCACCGGAAUGGCCUCGAGGGCCGCCGCCUGAGCAUCUCCGACGUCAGCGACGCUGCGUCGGAGCCUGGCAGUCCAACUAAGAAUGGCAGCAUCCACAAGCCUGCUGCCAUCCCAGAGGAGAAAUCUGAGGGAUCUGGCCUGUCCGAUUACGAGAAGAAGAAACAGACAUUUAUCACACGGACAAUAUGGACCUUUGUUAUGAUUGCUGGCUUCUUCAUUGCCAUGUUUUCUGGACACAUCUACAUUAUUGGAAUUAUCACAGCGGUUCAGAUCGUUUCCUUCAAGGAGGUGAUCGCCAUCGCCAACAUCCCGAGCAAAGAGAAGAACCUUGGCUUCACCAAGUCCUUGAACUGGUAUUUUCUCGCCACCACCAUGUAUUUCCUGUACGGCGAAAGUGUCAUCUACUACUUUAAACAUAUCCUGCUGGUGGACAAGGUUCUUUUGCCUCUGGCGACUCACCACCGCUUCAUCAGCUUUACGCUUUAUGUGAUGGGCUUUGUCUUUUUUGUCGGAUCGUUAAAGAAAGGACACUACCGAUUCCAGUUCACCCAAUUUGCGUGGACUCAUAUGGCUCUGUACCUCAUUGUCGUCCAAGCGCACUUUGUGAUGAACAACAUCUUCGAGGGCAUGAUCUGGUUUUUCCUCCCUGCAUCGCUGGUCAUUACAAAUGAUAUCUUUGCCUACGUUUGUGGUAUCACCUUCGGACGCACGCAGUUGAUUAAGCUGUCGCCCAAGAAAACCGUCGAGGGCUUCAUCGGCGCCUGGAUUUGCACCAUCAUCUUUGGCUAUUUCAUGACAAACAUGUUGAUGCGCUACAAAUACUUUGUCUGUCCUGUCAACGAUCUCGGUUCAAAUGUUCUGACAGGCUUGGAAUGUGUCCCCAACCCGGUCUUUGUGCCCCAUGCCUACCGACUUCCCUCGUGGACUGGAGUGGACAAGACCUUCUAUGUUGAGCCCAUGCAGUUUCACAUCCUGGUAUUCGCGACUUUUGCUUCCCUCAUUGCGCCCUUCGGUGGCUUUUUUGCCUCUGGUCUCAAGCGCACCUUCAAGAUCAAGGAUUUUGGUGAAUCGAUCCCCGGCCACGGUGGCAUCACUGAUCGCAUGGACUGCCAGUUCAUCAUGGGUUUCUUCGCCUACAUGUAUUUCCACAGCUUCAUUGCUACCCACAAGGCGACAGUUGGCGACAUCAUCGAGAAUGCCAUCACCGGACUCACGGUGGACGAGCAGCUGGAGGUCGUCCGAGGACUGAGCAAGUAUCUCUUUAACCAGGGCGCUGUUUCCGAAGGGAUCCUCGAAUGCAUUUCUACCGAGCUUAAACGUCGGUAA